CGAUCACCAGUUCAAACAUGCGGUCUAUUGCAGCAAUUUUUUUAGUCAGUUUGACAGUUGCUUCGUGUUUAUCUGAAAAUAUCCAGUUAUCGAAUGAAGCUGUAAACCUGCAGAGUGCAUUUGGGGACAGCAUUACAUCAACGUUGCCUGAAUUAAAAAGGGAAAAGCGUAUCAUACCAAUACUUCUUGGAGGUCUCUCACUUAUUUUUGCAAAAGAUCAAAUGGAAAAAAAUACUCAAAACGAAUAUCUCCGAGCAAUAGAAGCCGAAAAUGAAAAAAGAAGAAAAGAUCUCCAACGCCUUGAAGAGGUAUUAAAGUCAGUAUCGUAAAUUUAGUAGUGAUAUAAUUGUACGUUAGUUUAGUCUACGUUAUAACUUGU